CAGGACUGACAUCUUCCACUCCCUCCCUCUUGCUCAUUCCCUCUCUCUCAGAUGAUGCAGAGUGCCAGCAAGUCCCUCAAUGGUGUCAUAUCUGUCCUUUUUAUUCAUUGCAGGGUUUAUUUUUAGCCUGAAACAACUGCUUCCUAAAAAUGGAGUUCCUAAUGACACGGGAGCUGGACACAGCUAUGUAAGGUAUCCAGGGCUUGGCCUCACAGCUUCUCCUGUCUGUCUCUCUCUUUGUUGUGAGUCCAGGACAGCAAAGUUUGCUGCUCCCCACCAACCUUGCAGUGUUUGGGCUGAUCACCAGGAAGGCAGCAGAAAGAGAAACUCAGUUCAAACUUCACCUGAAGCCUUGGUCUCCCCCUCUUCCCAAAUCAAGAAAGAGAGGGACAUUUACCCACCCUUUGCUGUACUCCAAGGGCACCCCUAUGAAGGCAACUUGCUGGAUCCUGGCAGGUUUUUACCUGCUUUUCUGCUGCAAGGCAGAAGAGGGACUGAACUUCCCCACUUAUGAUGGGAAAGACCGAGUGAUCGACCUGAACGAGAAGAACUACAAGCAGGCCCUGAAGAAGUAUGACAUGCUCUGCCUGCUCUUCCAUGAGCCUGUGAGUUCUGACAAGGUCUCCCAAAAGCAGUUCCAGAUGACAGAGAUGGUUCUGGAGCUGGCAGCUCAGGUCCUGGAGCCCAGAAGCAUCGGUUUUGGGAUGGUGGACUCCAAGAAGGAUGCCAAACUUGCCAAAAAAUUAGGCUUGAUUGAAGAGGGAAGUCUCUAUGUCUUCAAGGAUGAGCGGUUGAUCGAAUUUGAUGGGGAACUGGCCACAGAUGUCUUGGUGGAAUUCCUCUUGGAUUUGCUAGAAGACCCUGUGGAGAUCAUAAACAGCAAGCUGGAGCUUCAGGCCUUUGACCAGAUUGAUGAUGAAAUCAAACUCAUCGGCUACUUCAAAGGAGAAGACUCUGAACAUUUCAAGGCAUUUGAAGAAGCUGCCGAACAAUUCCAGCCGUACAUCAAGUUCUUUGCUACUUUUGACAAAGGGGUUGCCAAGAAGCUAGGUCUGAAGAUGAAUGAGGUGGACUUCUAUGAACCAUUUAUGGAUGAGCCUGUUCACAUCCCUGAUAAGCCUUACACAGAAGAGGAGCUGGUUGAAUUUGUGAAAGAGCACAGAAGGGCCACCUUGAGGAAGCUGCGCCCAGAGGACAUGUUUGAGACGUGGGAGGAUGACAUGGAGGGUAUCCACAUCGUAGCCUUCGCUGAAGAAGAUGACCCAGAUGGUUUUGAGUUCCUGGAAAUCCUGAAGCAGGUUGCCAGGGACAACACCGAUAAUCCUGACCUGAGCAUUGUCUGGAUUGACCCUGAUGACUUUCCUCUGCUGAUCACUUACUGGGAGAAGACCUUCAAGAUCGACUUGUUCAGACCACAGAUCGGGGUGGUGAAUGUCACAGAUGCUGACAGCAUCUGGAUGGACAUCAGAGAUGAUGAUGACCUGCCCACAGCUGAGGAGCUGGAAGACUGGAUAGAGGAUGUGCUUUCUGGGAAGAUAAAUACCGAAGAUGAUGAUGACGAUGACGAUGAUGAUGACGACGAUGACGAUGACGACGAUGACGACGAUGAUGACGACGACGACGACGAUGACGACGACGAUGAUGAUGACUAACUGUGACUUUGUGCAGUUUGACUUGUGGGGCCCGAGAGCCCUCCCCCUGCGGCAGGUCCCUCCAUUGGAAGGCCUGUGUUUGAGCGUCAGCAAGCACUGCUGCUCCUCUUUGCCCCCUGCCCUGCUCCCCCUGCCCCUGCCCUUGCCGGGACCCCCUGGCCUGAUUCUCAGCGGUGCUGAGCCACCAGGACUGCCCCUGUGGUGGGCAGCGCCUGCAGGCACCCAGCACCGCUGCAAAUCAUGCCUCCUUAGUAAGGACAAUAGGAAUCUGCAGGGAAUCUGCCCCCAGUGUCCCAGGGCAGGAGAAAAGUGCCUGCCUGCUUGCUGCCAGAGGGACGCAGGGAGCCAGUUUGUGUUUUCCAUGUUCAUCAGCACAGCACUUAACAUCCAAAGACCAAAUCUCCCUUCAAGACAUUGAGAAGGCCACUGUAAAGUUUAGUCCUUUUAUUAAACACAAUGCCCUUUGCAGAUACUCUGCCAAGACCACUCAAUCCACAAGUCCUGCUGUGGGAGUCCCUAGCUACUCAUUAAAAUGCUAGGAGCAGCAAAAUGCUUUGGGAGGGGAGGAAGGUUUUAGGGAUGCUAUUAAAGUUUUCAGUGAUUCCACAUAACAACAGGAUAUUCUUGUUUGACAGUGCAAUGCAAAACCAAGCACCAUGCCCCCUGUCUGAACCUCUUUUCUUUGAAAGCUCGGGCCAUGGCUAGGGGAAGUGCAGGUGGUCUGAUAUGAGGCAUAAAAGCUGGCAAGUUCCUGAACUGCUGGAAAUGCUGAUCCAGGUCUGAGCCCAAUCUGAGUCCAAACUCUUGCAUUUGAAGACCAUGGCACUGAACUAAGCCAAUGAAAACAUCCGUAGGGGUCCACCCUGAAGCUCUCCUAUUCCCCAUGACCUUCCAGCUUUAGCUGACUCUUCCCUCAAAGCCCACGUAGCAUCUAUUCCCGUGACCAAGAUGUUGGGAGGGAACACACACAUACAACCAUAUUAGAUAUUGGACGAGGUACGUUGGGCAGUGAGCAGCGAAUGGAUUCAAGUUGUCUGGCUUUUAAGUAUUUAGAUGCACGGUUACUCCCUGCUUAGAGACUCAGAUGUCCCAUAGUAGCCUGUCAGAAGCCUCUUUUGACUGCAGGAGCUCAGGGUGCCAGUUUGCAGUCAAGGGAAUCACUCACAAAGCAAAGGGUCUGCAACACAGUCCUGGUGAGUGCAGCACCAUCCACACGCAGGUCACUGUGGCAGCAUUAAGUCUCCCUGCUUUCCCAUGCCAGCAGAUUUCAAUUAUCUUAGCUUAUUAGGUUUGACAAUAGUACAAUGAACAGAGAGUUUGGAGAUGGUUUUAUCUCUAUAAAUACAUUUAUAAGGAUGUUCUCCAGUUGUUCAGAUUUCUUAGCAUAGGUAGGGUAUGCAUCUCCUUUCUUGCUACAGAUGGAAAACAUUAUCCUGACCAUUCUUUUACUGGCUUACAUCAGAGGUAAGUGAUAUUAGGAGAAAUAACAGUGUGAGGGACAGGAGAAUCAGAGCUCAUUACACAAGUGUGAAUCAGCCUGAUGAGAAACAAGGUUCACACAAUACAUAUUUCCUUUAUCAGAUGAACCGCAAAACAAGAUUUUAUAGAUUUUUUUUUUUUGCUGCCCGUUGAUCAGUCUCUUUGACUCUCUCUCUACAUUAGCUGAAAUAGAAAUUUGAAACUACUGGUAUAAAAAAGCUAAAUUAUUUUAUAUAUAUAUAUAAUACUUUAUAUAUAUACAUAUAUAUAUAUAUAUACACAUGUAUACAUACAUAUAUUCCUAUGCAUGCCAUUUCCCUUGGUACAAAGUGCCAGUGUGAACAACACAUGGCUGGAUAUCGAUAUACCUCCAUGCAUAUGAAUGAAUACUGUGCUAAUAUGGUAUAUGACUGUAGGCCAAGUUAGCUCCUCAUUGAAUAUCAAACAUUCAAUAUGUGCCUUUAAGAUGCAGCCUAUUAGAAGAAUAGACAAGGCAGCAAAGCCCCCAGGUCAACUUCUCACUCUUUCUUGCUUUCUUAUGAUACAUAAGCACUGCCCAGAAGAUGAAACAACUUUGUCUGGGGAGACCAUCUGGGGAGACCAUUGGUUGCUCUGGGGUGAUGAACAACUUUCAAAAGCCUUGAAAUGCAGAGUGCUUGUUUCAGCAUGGAGGUCCCCUCCUCCUUUUCACUCACACCUGCUUCUCACCUGGCCAACAGGGUGCCCAGCACUCUCCUCCUACUCUUUCCUUUCAGCUCUUUCCUCAAGAGGUUUGCUGGAGAACCCUGGCUCAAAGAGAGAAGGAGCAGGCAGGACUCCAGGUCUCCUCCAUGCACACUGGCAAAGAGCAAGAGGCAAAACUGGCCAUCUAGUGGUCUCCCAGUCUUCAAUUAAGGGAUAACUACUCACCUGAAAAAAAUACAUGCUUAUCUUUACCUUGGGGCUAUUCCCAGGAGUAAACAUGCCCAAUUUCACCCUAAAUAAGGCAACAGCCUGCACAGGCCCUGCAGCUCCAUAUCAGUCAUUCCAAACACACAGAAUAAAUGAUGAGCUGCUCUACUGCCUUUCCUAACUGGCACAGUCUCAGGACAUCUCAAUUACCUGAGUACUUUCCAUGUAGCUCCCCUCCUGCUGUGGAUACCUGUCUGUUCUGAUGUGCCCUUCUCCAGAUGCACUGAGAGGCACAGCUUACCCAGGCAGAGCAGGCAGACCCUGCAAAUGAUGCUGUGGCCAUGUUCAAGUGCACAGGUGUUUCACAGGCACUUACACAUUUCAAAGCAACAGAGCUCUGGGGGGGGAAAUAGAAUAAAUAAUGUAGAAGUUGAACUCACACUGGGGCUGGUGGACUGGUGCCAGUGUUUUAUGGACAGUUGCCCUUGAGUUAUGAAAGGGCUAAUGAUACAGUUGCCACUCCUUUGUGGUGCCAGUGAGGUCCCUGAUGGGGCUGCCCUUUCUUUCUUGCCUCAUCCCCCCAGUACAGUUUUCAUCAUUCUCUUUGCCUACAAAUAGGAACUGUUUAUUGUCAGCUUUGAGGAUAAACACAUGAAAAAUUAAGAAGAUGUUGCAGCAGAGGAAGAAUUCCAGCAAUGAGGAUGGGUGGGCAGCAAACCCAUUUACCUGUAACACUUCGUCUGCCCCAAGAUCCUAGCGACCAAACUGCUGAAUGAGGCAAUACUCCUUGUGAAGGAGAUGGCAGCUUAAAACUGAGUGACUUCCUUGCAGGGAUGAGUAAAACAGUGGUAUGAGGACACCCAGGACUCCAGGCACAGGUGCUCCUGGGCUCCUCUGCCAAAACUAGGUACAACUGGCAUUUUAAAGGCAGUGGUGGCCCUGAGGAGCUAAGUCAGCCCCACAAUACACUGAGAAGCAAAAGGUUGAUUUGGAUGAGGAACCUGCAAAAACCCCUGUAUUUAAAAAAAAAAAAAAAGAAAUUGUGUACAUGGGCAGCACUGUUUCUGCAAGCAUGUCUGUUAAGACUGUUCCUCUCUUCAAAAAUAGUUCUUUUUCUCCAGCAUGUUAAUUAGACAUAUUAAAUGAGUCUUAAUACACAUAAAGACAAGUAAUUGGAUUUUGCCCUCAUCCAACUGUGAGUGCUUCAAGCUGAUCAGUUACUUCAUAGAAUCAUUCAAUCAUUUUUGUUGGAAAAGACCCCUAAGAUCAUUGAGUCCAACCAUUAAUCCACCACUGCCAAGUAAGUACCCAAAAUACCCCAAAACCUAGUCUUACCAGCCCCCAAGUGACAGUAAGGACCCCCCUUCACAAGUGAUACAUGGCAAGAACACCAAAUCAUACACCACCACCUCCUGUCAGUCACCAGACACGGGGCCAGAGGCCACAGCCAAGGGAUGUGUUUGGUGUGCUGUACCACAGGUCACCCUGUGCUGCUCAUGGGCAACAACCAAGACAGAUGGAAACCCAUCAGGAGCCACAUUCUGCAGCUAUCAUACUGCAGCAUGGAGGAGAAAGUUUCUGCAGUGGGCCCAAGGUCACUGAUGUAGAGGCUCUGUGAACCCAAAACUGCUCUGAGCUUAUGUCAGACAUUUAGAAAACGGAUCCAGAAGGAGGGGACAACAGAGGAACUUUGGAAACAGCAGAUUACUCCAUGGUUUCAGGGUCAGCGGUUUUUGUGAUGUUUCUGAGGAGUUUUGAGGCUCCCAUCUCUCCCCACAUAGUGAAACCAGAGAUCUUGGCUGCUUCCCAUCCCAAAACGAAGCUGCUCAGCCAGGCACCAACAUGAACGUGGAGCUGAGGACACUGGCUGCUUCUUCAUGUCUGUCUGCACAUCACACCUAAAGAAAUGAUUGAUUCAUUACAGAGACCAAACAAAAACCAUCGUCUUUCAUUCCCAGGAAAAUAAUUCAUUAGACAGGAAAAUAUGACUUCCCAGCUGCCACUGACUUGCAGUCCUGUGAAAAGAUCGCGUAUGGAUUCAUCUCCACUUCAGCAAAGCUUUGGCUUUGAGGAAGUCCCACACACAGCCAGUUGCACACCAAUGCCGGGACUUGGGGGUCUGAAGAGGAGGAGCAGAUAAACAGGCAACAAGCACCAAGGCCCUCCAAGGCAAAGUACCUUGCCUCCUGGCUACUUUUACACCCCAGGUACGUCUAUGCCAUGCAGUGCAAGACCCUCUGCUAGAAACUGGAAGCAGCAGAGCACAGCAGGCAGAAUAAUUGAUCUCAGUAAUGAGACUGCACCAGCAGGACUGUGUCCUACCCGAGAUCCAAGACUGUGUGUGUCAACCCACUGCACUGCAGCAUCCCCUGCCUUUUUGCCACUCCCUUGUACCACUGGCAUCUAGGAAAGCAGCCCUUUGAUGGUCAGUACCCCUGGGGGACAGCCGUGGGAUGGUUCUCACACUUGUUUGGCAGAAGAUGCUCUCUAAUGAUGACGCAGACCAUGAGGAAGGUCCAGUGCAGAGCCAGCCCUCUCAGCCCAGCUCCCUGAACACUCUCUGCCAGGUUUAAAAGGUGCUAAACUAUUUAAAGGAAAAAAAAAAAAAAAGCUACAGAGCUUCCUUGCAGCUUGAAGACCCAUUUCUGGAAUCAGAUUACAAACAGGGAUGGAAGCAAAGAUCCUUCCGGUGCCUCACUCCCUCCUCAUGCUUUCUCUUGCCAAGCCCCUGUCAAAGGGCAUUGUCCCUAAUACUAUGGAAAACAAGAAAAAAACUAGCCUUUUCACCUUCUCUUCAUCCCUCUUGACUUUCUCUCUUCAGAUCCUCACUGGCUCCCCUACUUUAUUUUCUCUCCAUUUCUAUUUACCCUGUCUUCCUCUUUUCCUCAACACACCCCCACAGCAUAUGGGACUGAGGAUCACUUAAGGACAGAGCCCUUCUCUGCCCCUACUGCUUGUGCUCAUCCCAGCCCAAGGAGACAGCAGCCUCCCCCACACCACUGCCAGGAACUGGCAGGGACAACAACUGGGAGGGACAACAUUUCCUUUCUGAGGGGGAAGACAGCUGGACAAGGCUGUCACUGGCUUUCAUUUUGAGGGGAACAGGUGACACAUGCUCAGGGAGAAGCCAUUUCACCAGCCUGGGCACUGAGUUAAAACCAGAAUUUUUUUUUUGGUGGGCAUCUUUGCCCAUUGUCCCCAAAUCCAGAUGAGGAACCAUCACCCUGCAACUAAGCCCUGACUGCUGCCAUCAUGGAGAGAGACAAGUAACACCCAGUGACACCAGCAAUGACGCCACUUCUGCUCACUAUCUGAACAGAAGACAAGUGUCGUGGCUUCAUAUACAAGAAAUAAGCCUUGAGGGUUAAAUGAGCUGAGUUUGCUGGAGAGGGUAUCCCAUACUUUAACAGCAGCCAGAAAGCCAACUCCCUGCUGGAGACACGACCAGUGGUUGUCCUGAGUGAGUUCUCCUUCAGUCAUGGGUGGUAAAUGACUUAAACAGCCAUGGGCAACCUCAUCUUCUGCUUUUGGAUUUGGAAGAAGCCCAGCUUGAAUCAGGUCCUUCCCUCAGUAAUGCAGGUAAAAAUAAAGUCAUGUUUGACCAGA